GAGCACAGUUGCAUGUUCGUUUUCUAUAUAUAGAAGCAUCUUCACUUCCAUUCAUGAGCACCGAUCAACCAUUAACAAAACCUUUCACACUUUUGUAGAGUUUCACAGAGAAAGGGAAAGAAGAAUCUGUUUUUUUUUUCUUUUCUUUUUUCUUCUCUAAAUCUCUUUAAUCUUUUUCUCUUCAUUUCCAUUUUGUUAAUUAGUUAAGUUGCUUGGAAAAAAUGUUUAUAGAGAAUUUCAAGGUUGAGAGUCCGAAUGUGAAGUACACAGAAACUGAGAUUCAAUCUGUGUAUAACUACGAAACCACUGAACUUGUUCAUGAAAACAGAAAUGGCACUUAUCAAUGGAUUGUUAAACCUAAAACUGUGAAAUAUGAAUUUAAAACCGAAACUCAUGUUCCUAAAUUGGGGGUAAUGCUUGUGGGAUGGGGUGGAAACAACGGUUCAACCCUUACCGGUGGUGUUAUUGCUAAUCGAGAGGGUAUUUCAUGGGCAACGAAAGAUAAUAUUCAACAAGCGAAUUACUUUGGUUCUCUCACUCAAGCUUCAGCUAUUCGUGUUGGAUCUUUCCAAGGAGAGGAAAUUCAUGCUCCCUUCAAGAGCUUGUUACCAAUGGUCAACCCUGAUGACAUUGUUUUUGGUGGAUGGGAUAUCAGUAACAUGAACCUUGCUGAUGCCAUGGCUAGGGCCAGGGUUUUCGACAUUGAUUUGCAAAAGCAAUUGAGGCCUUAUAUGGAAUCCAUGGUUCCACUCCCCGGCAUCUAUGACCCGGAUUUCAUUGCUGCCAAUCAAGGUGAACGUGCAAAUAAUGUUAUUAAGGGUACAAAGAGAGAACAAAUUAACCAAAUCAUCAAAGACAUUCGGGAAUUUAAGGAAGCAAACAAAGUAGACAGGGUUGUUGUUCUCUGGACUGCCAACACAGAGAGGUACAGUAAUUUAGUUGUGGGACUCAAUGACACCACAGAGAACCUUUUUGCUGCAGUGGACAGAAAUGAGUCUGAGAUUUCUCCUUCCACCCUGUUUGGCAUUGCUUGUGUUAUGGAAAAUGUUCCUUUCAUCAAUGGAAGCCCUCAGAACACUUUUGUUCCAGGGCUUAUUGAUCUUGCCAUCAAGAACAACACCUUGAUUGGUGGCGAUGACUUCAAGAGUGGUCAGACCAAAAUGAAAUCUGUUUUGGUUGAUUUCCUUGUUGGAGCUGGUAUCAAGCCAACGUCGAUAGUGAGUUACAAUCAUCUUGGAAACAAUGAUGGUAUGAACCUCUCAGCACCACAAACCUUCCGCUCCAAGGAAAUCUCCAAGAGCAACGUUGUUGACGAUAUGGUCAACAGCAACGCUAUCCUCUAUGCGCCUGGUGAACAUCCUGACCAUGUUGUAGUCAUUAAGUAUGUGCCAUACGUCGGAGACAGCAAGAGAGCCAUGGACGAGUAUACUUCGGAAAUAUUCAUGGGUGGAAAGAACACUAUUGUGUUGCACAACACAUGUGAGGAUUCCCUCUUGGCUGCCCCUAUUAUCUUGGACUUGGUUCUUCUUGCUGAGCUUAGUACUAGAAUUCAGUUCAAAUCUGAAGCUGAGAACAAGUUUCACACAUUCCACCCUGUUGCUACCAUCCUCAGUUAUCUGACCAAGGCUCCUCUGGUUCCACCAGGUACACCAGUGGUGAAUGCAUUGUCCAAGCAGCGAGCGAUGCUGGAAAACAUCAUGAGAGCUUGUGUUGGAUUGGCUCCAGAAAACAACAUGAUCCUUGAGUACAAGUGAAGCAGGGGAUAGAAUCAUAGUUGGAAUUUUCUAGCUGAAUCAUAAAACUUGCUCUUUUCUGUUUUCUUCUUUUAAUGUUUGGUGAUGUUUUCUCAAGUGUAGUAUUUGAUUUGAUAGUCUUUGCUCUCAAGUGCUUUAGAGCUUGACUUAGUUUGUGUUUUAUGUUUUGGGUACAUGAAAAUAUAUAAAUAUUUGUGCCCAGUUGGUGUUUA